ACAGUGGGCCGGGGAGCUAGCUAGGGGAACCCCCUCCAUUUCGGGGCUAAAAAAAUGUUCACAAAAUUCUCCAGAGACAUCAAUUUGAAGGGGCUGAGUUUUGGAUUAUGCGGGAUCACACGUGAAUUGGAAUAGUCGAAUUUGAAAACUUGUAAGUGGGCCCAGCAAAAAGUAAACAAAAUAGAAAUAGGCCUAAUGAAAAAUUAUAUUAAUAAAUCUUUGAAACAAAGUAGAAAAAAGGAAGCAAAACGUGAUUCUUCCAUUGAAGCCAUAUACGGUAUGAAUAAAUGCAGCUAGCUAGCUGCAGCGCGCCGCAUGCGGUAGUAUAGUAGUGUGUGAGAGAUGUCGCCUCGGCGAAAUCAGCUAGGCCAAGACCAAGUCAACCGUUUCAUGCAAAAUGUCCAGAUCCAGAGAUACGAACUUCGUCUUAACGCAUCUUGGUGAAUUAGAGGCACUUGCAGAAGAAAUUCUCACCGAAAAACAGCAGAUUGUAGAUCUUGAUCGAAAGAGAAACCAAAGCAGAGAAGCAGUUCGAGCACUCAAAAACCAGACAGAAUCUCAGAAGAGUAAAAAGGAAGUCAAAACAUGGGUCAGCUUCGGGAACACUUUCAUCAAAUUUCCAGCCAAGAAUGUCAAGACGAUGCUGACCGAUGAUCAGAAGAAGCUGGACGAAGAGAUCAAUGAUCUGAGGAAUGGAUUAAAGCCAAAGGUUGCCAAACUUAGAGAAAUGGAAGGUCAAGAAGAGAAAAAGGGGUUUGAUCUGAAGGCAAUGUCUCGGGAUGAACUGAAGGCAGUGUACCAUCCUACAGGCUUCCAAGGCAACACCUGAUGGCUUAGAUCAAAUCAAGAUGGACACUGCAGUCAACAGAGGAACAGUCAGUCCUGUACAUGACACCAUCAAAAGAGGGAGUCUUUACAGAUGGUUAUUCAGGUUGUUCAUUAUGUACUGGCUACAGGAGUGGCCAGGUCCCACUAGGGAGCAUGUUGCCAUGAGAGCAAUCGAGAAUUAGUGUGGUAUUCACAUGAGUUAAGACUAAAAAUUCUCUUAGUUAAGAAUUCUCUCCCAAAAUACAAUUCUAAGUUAGCAAUUAUAGUUGUUCAUCUAGAAACCUAUUCUUCAGUCACUGUGUCAUUCCCGCACAAGUAUGAUUCUUUCAUACUAGAGGGAAAUUAUACAUGAAACUAAGAUCAAAGGUCCUAUGAAAUACAGCAAAGAUGCUGAUUUAUUCGUUAGCUUGGUGGUUACUAAUAACGAUUCCAUCAAAAUUUUACCCGAAAAACAUCCCACAUCAGGUUCAAAGGCAGUUUUAUAUUGAAAAUUGAGCCAAAUUCGCCACGCCCACAAAAACUUCAGCCCGAUUUGGUUUCGUAUAUCACGUGACGAUUAUGACGUCAGGGGAAGAAUCUGCUGAGUGUUGCUGACGUUUGGUGCGUGAAGUGCCUAUUGUGGUUGCACGUGUGGAUUCACAUGUGCAAUAACUAGGGGUCCGGCUGCACAGCUGAGAAAGCUUUCUUUCGAUGACGUCAUGAUGAUUGACAGGUCGAUCGGCCGACUUUUUCAAAAAUUUUAGUGGGCGUUCCCGUUGAAGUUCAUUUCCAUGGAAUAACUCAACACCAGUUCGUACACAGAAACCGAUGGCAAAUUUGUAUUUUUCAAGUAAAACUACCCAAGAAUAGAUAUAUAUCCAAAAUAAGAUGGUUUUUGUCUCACCUGCAUAGCAGAGUGAGACUAUAGGCGCCGCUUUUCCGACGGCGACGGCGGCGGCGGCGUCAACACCAAAUCUUAACCUGAGGUUAAGUUUUUGAAAUGACAGCAUAACUUAGAAAGUAUAUGGACCUAGUUCAUGAAACUUGGCCAUAAGGUUAAUCAAGUAUUACUAAACAUCCUGCCUGAGUUUCAUGUCACAUGACCAAGGUCAAAGGUCAUUUAGGGUCAAUGACCUUAGACCAUGUUGGGGGAAUCAACAUCAAAAUCUUAACCGAAGGUUAAGUUUUUGAAAUGUCAUCAUAACUUAGAAAAUAUAUGGACCUAGCUCAUGAAACUUAUACAUAAGGUUAAUCAAGUAUCACUAAACAUCCUGCAUGAGUUUCACGUCACAUGACCAAGGUCAAAGGUCAUUUAGGGUCAAUGAACUUUGGCCGAAUUGGGGGUAUCUGUUGAAUUACCAUCUUAACUUUGGAAGUUUAUGGAUCUGAUUCAUGAAACUUGGACAUAAUAGUAAUCAAGUAUUACUGAACAUCCUGUGCAAGUUUCAGGUCACAUGAUCAAGGUCAAAGGUCAUUUAGGGUCAAUGAACUUUGGCCAAAUUGGGGUAUUUGUUGAAUUACAGCCAUAAAUUUGAAAGUGUGUUGGUCUAGUUCAUAAAACUUGGACAUAAUAGUAAUCAAGUAUCACUGAACAUCCUGUGCGAGUUUCAGGUCACAUGAUCAAGGUCAAAGGUCAUGUAAGGUCAAAGAACUUUGGCCACGUUGGGGGUAUUUGUUGAAUUGCCAUCAUAUCUCUAUAAGUGUAUUGGUCUAGUUCAUAAAACGUGGAAAUAAGAGUAACCAAGUAUCACUGAACAUCUUGUGCGAGUUAUAGUAGUUUUCAAAAUCAGCACUGCUGCUAUAUUGAAUCGCGUGAUGCAGGUGAGACGGCCAGAGGCAUUCCACUUGUUGUGUCAUAGGACCUUUAAUUGUAAUUUGGGAGCCAUGUUUCUUUUUUUGCAGUCUUCUUGUUAAUCAUCUAUAUUUCAGUAUAGAUAUAUAUCCAAAAUAAGAUGGUUUUUGUGUCAUAGGACCUUUAAUUGUAAUUAGGGAGCCAUGUUUCUUUUUUUGCAGUCUUCUUGUUAAUCAUCUAUAUUUCAGUAUAGAUAUAUAUUCUUACUAAUUACCAGUUCCCUUGAUAAUGUGCAUUAUAUUUUUGUACUGGAUUGCUCUCAGAUGUUAAUCGUUAUCAUCUUUUUAAUGUGAAAAUAGGAUCUGAUUGUCUUUAAUUGAUAGGAAUCGGAGAUUCCCAUAAUAUUAAAUCAAAAUAGUGUACACAGGAGAAACUUAUGAAAAUGCACAUACAGGUGAAAGUGAUUGUUUUCCCUCCAUUUUUCCAAUGCAUUUUACAUUUUCAGAGAUUAUAAAUCUGUUUAUAGUAAUUUUCAUGGAAGAUAAUUAGAAAACACCUGUUGUUGAGUAUUGCUCAGUUUUUAUCAUAGUUUAUGAAUAAAACAAUGCAAGCUAUUUGCCCCCUUUAUAUUGUAGUAGGAUGUACCUGCUUUGACCGUAGUAGUAUUUUGGGGGGGAAGAGAAUGAAGGACUUUGAAUUAAAAUCACAAGAUUAUAUCAGACUUAAAAAGGAGAGAUAUUGAUAUCAAUACCUGAGCUUGAAUAAUAUAUUAAUAAAACACUUAGUGAUACAUGGCAGGAAGGGAUGGAAAGAAUGUAUUAGAGAAGAAAGUAUGAAGGGGGGGGGGGGGCAAAAUGGGUAGAUUAGUCUGCAAGCACAGACUUAUAUUUGACACUUGAACCAAUAACAGGUCUAGAGUGAAGACUAGACUCCAAAGACUCAAUGUCGAAUAGAGCCAGCCACAUUACAUAGUGAAUCUAGUCAAUAAUUCAGACUCUGCAUUGUGCAAAAGCCAAGGGUCUGUGCCUGCAGACUAUGGGUAGAUAGAUUAGUAGACAGAUCAAUAGAGAGAGUGAAACAAUAGUGAGAAGUAGGCGGGGAACAUCCUGAAAGAGAAAGUGUGAUGUUAAAGGGGUAGUUCACCCUGAAGAAAAGUUUGUUGUAAAAAUAGCAGAAAAAAUAUUGGUGGAGGUUUGGAAAAAAAUCCAUUAAAGAUUAAGAAAGUAAUUGUAAUUUAAAUUUUGGAUUUGUGACAUCAUAAACAAGCAGCUGCCCCAUAUGUAAUAUAAAAUGUUUGAAUUUCAAUUUUUUUAAUGAUUGGUGAUAACUUUCUUUUGUUUUCAUUUUAUAAAUGGGUGUGAUAUUUGUCUAUUGUUAUACUAAAGGUUCAGUAAAUUUCAUUGAUUUUUGUGUCAUUCAAUGUAAAAAGCUGCUCGCUGUGACGUCACAAAUAAAAAAAUUCUAAUUUGUUUUAUUCA